AAAAGCCUAUAUCCAAGUACAACCACGCCCUGGCCACUACUUCUGCCAACCGUUUACACAGCGUUCCCUUCUGUCUCUACAAACAAGCGUCCGUUUGUACCGCACACUUUCAACAUGAAGACCUUCGCUGCUUUCCUCCUUGUGGCCGUGAUGGCGCACAGCGCUACUGCUGGGAUUUUAGUACCAACAACUUACAUCAAGAGUAGAUGCAACCAGACGACUUCAGCAGCCUCGGGCGGGGCUGGCUUCAUCGAGUGGUCGGCCGCCACGGCUGACAACGCCGAGACCUGCAGCCUGACCCUCUCCGCCGAUGUGGGCAGCAUGUUCCGCCUCACGUUCACCCGCUUCGACCUGGACUCGAACGGCCAAGCCUGUGUGGACACCAUUAACAUCCUGGACGGGCCCAACAUGCUGUCCGUGUCGAAGACCGGCGGUGACGUGUGCACCCAGCCUAUGGGAGAGAUCACCACGGUCUCCAACACCGUCACCAUCAGCUUCACACAGGGCAGCUCCGACAUCGACUUCAUGAAGUUCAAAAUCCAGUACUCCGUCUUCAGGAUGGCUGUCCUCGGCAUGUGCACCUCCAGCUCGGACUUCAAGUGUGACAACAACCGCUGCAUCGAUAAUGACAACAAGUGUGACUUCCGGGAUGACUGCGGAGACAACUCGGACGAGUCCACUUCCGACUCGGGUGCUAACUGUGCUGACCUCAGCGACUUCGGGAACACUGUGUCCAACUUCCUGUCUCUCGGCCUGGCCGCGAUCAUCGGGAUCGUGGUGGGCGUGAUCGUGCUGAUCAUCCUCAUCAUCGUGCUCAUCUGCGUCUGCUGCUGCAACUGCUGCAGGAAGGGCAACAACCAGGCCGUCUAGCGGGCCGCAUUGGUACUGCACCAUGGCAAACCACGUCGUCUCAAAUGGCGGACAAUUCUGUACAUUGCAAAUUGCAAUCUAAUAGUCUUACCUACGGAUCUCUCUCUUGUUGUAUCCCGGUACUGUAGAUGCUCACAAAUGUUUUCGUUCAGAAUCGUGCGCCAUUUGAGGAUGUUAAUGAUGCAGCUGGCUAAGUAAGUCCUUAACCCUUGGGGGAGAAGAAAAUAAUUGUAAUCAGCAGCGAUAAGAAUUUAGUUUUUUUUGUGAUGCUGAGAGUAUUUAUAUCUGUUGCGCUAUGAACAAGCAACGUGUAGUACUGCGAUGUUUUACUAACUUUUAUUUGAUUUUAGACAAGGCUACUAGACAGGAUGGCUGUUUGAAAUGCAAUGAAGUUUUGGAACGGGAGUGUUUUGUAAACUGUUGUACAUUUUGUGGAUGCAUCCAGCUCACCAAAAAUGGCGGCAUAAUGUACUUGUUCGUGUGCAGUUCAUGUCGCAUUGUUAAAGCUGUGACGUGUUACCUGAAGGACGUUUGGGGCAUGAUGGUCCAGUGACGUAUUUCCGGUCUGAACGUCAUUGGACCUGACCCUUACAGUCUUAUAACUACCUCUACAUUGGAGCUCGAUGUUGUACUUAAGACGUUACGGCAAUUGUACGUUAAGAUGUCAUUUGAAGAUUCUAUCAGAAGUACUGCUUAUGAAGAUGACAUUUUAAACUUUUAUUAGAUGGAAGUAUUUCAGAUUUUUACUUGGAGUUUCGCACAAAAAAACGUUUUGUAGAUGUAGAAGAAGUAAAGGACCCAGAAAGUUUUGGAUGGGAAACUGUUUCUACACGUUUUGGACCAGAAACUUCGAACAUUAGAAAGUGUCAUUGUGUUGAUUUUAUAGAACGCCAAAUAAAGUGUGAAGUAAACCA